GUGCCGCGAAAAGUCAAAGAAAACGACGUAGUUUCGUUUCCGUGCCACGUUCUUUUGCUUUGCCGUUAAGGUAUUCUCUCCCUCUCUCUCUCUCUGCUUCUGUUGGAGAAGAAAACUUGAUGAUUUGAAUCUUCGAAAACCCUAAUUCCACUUCAAUGGGGAUUCUUUCUAUUCGUCCACGCUUCAUUUGAUUCUCAAUCGCAGUAUUAAUCCAGAAACUGAGGUCUAUAAUGCAAGAUGCAAAGCCCAAUUCCAGCGAAUCCGCACCGUUGAUGCUCCUGUUUUUUCAGGCUCAGAAUGAUACUUUAAGAAAUGAUGGGGUCAUCCCUCAGCUAUUUACCUCUGUACCAUCUCUCAACGAAGCUGCUUCUUAUCUUUCUCAGACAACUUCAUUAUUCACACGCUGUUUCUCUGACUAUUCUGCAGAUCUGUCUUCUAGCGAUUCAGGGGUUUCAAAUGAGCAUGCUCAGGAAUUGGUGACCUUUUCUUCUGGACAACCUAGGGGAUCUUUUGCUACAUCUGGUGAUCAUGCGUCCUCAAGUGGAAACCACUCAGCAUCUGCAGAGUCAUCUAGUAAUGCAACAGAUGCUCCCUCUGUACUUGAUGGAACACUGAGAAGCUCUGCAGGAGAUUCAUCUCAAAAUUCUAGUGUCCUCGUCAAAUCUGAUCCUAGUGGCCCAGGCGGCAUUUCUAUCUUUCAAGGCCUUGUUGACCGGGUGCGAAGAACUGUUCGCGGGUCUGCAGAUGAUAUAGGAUGGCUACAACGUGAUCCAACAAUGCCCCCUGUUGAAGACGGAACUGAAAGGUUCAUUGAAAUUCUGGGGGAUAUCAGGCAUGGUGUUCACAGAUUGCCAAAUUCGAUGGUUUGUUUGUUGCUUCCAGGUCUUUUCAGCAACCAUGGACCUCUAUAUUUUGUAAAUACAAAAAUGAGUCUCUCAAAGAUGGGUCUGGCCUGUCAUAUAGCCAAGAUUCAUAGUGAGGCUUCAGUUGAGAAAAAUGCUCAAGAGAUAAAAGAAUACAUUGAGGAAUUCUAUUGGGGUUCCAAAAAGCGUGUUUUGCUUCUUGGACAUAGCAAAGGGGGAAUAGAUGCAGCAGCUGCUCUAUCGUUGUAUUGGCCUGACUUGAAAGAUAAGGUUGCCGGGUUGGUUUUAGCACAAAGUCCAUAUGGUGGUAGCCCAAUAGCUACGGAUAUCUUGCGAGAGGGACAGCUUGGUGAUUAUGUGAACUUACGAAAGCUAAUGGAGAUUCUGAUCUGCAAAGUGAUUAAGGGUGAUUUGCAAGCUCUGGAAGAUUUGACUUAUGAAAAAAGAAGAGAAUUUUUGAAGAAACACCCGUUGCCAAAGGAACUCCCUGUUGUUUCAUUUCACACAGAAGCUGCAAUCUCUCCAGCUGUACUAGCUACAUUAUCUCGUGUAGCACAUGCGGAGCUACCUAUGGUUGCUCCUCUUUCUACAGGCCAGCCGGCAAAACUCCCAGUGGUAAUUCCCCUUGGUGCAGCUAUGGCUGCCUGUGCACAGCUUCUGCAGGUCAGAUAUGGCAAGAAGAGUGAUGGACUUGUCACAUGCUGCGAUGCAGAAGUUCCUGGAUCCAUUGUUGUUCGGCCAAAACGUAAAUUAGACCAUGCCUGGAUGGUUUAUUCUUCAUUGACAGAUGACCCUUCUGAAGCAGAUGCUUCUCAAGUGUGUGAAGCUCUUUUGACGUUGCUUGUGGAAGUUGGGAAGAAGAAGAGCGAUCAUGCAGACAUGGAGCAGAAGAAGAGCAAUCAUGCAGAUAUCGGGCAGAAGAAAAGCGAUCAUGCGAAAGACGAAUGAGGCUGAAGAACUUACUUUUCAUCUCAUUGUUGUGCUUUUGUUGUAAUAUAGUAAUUUACAUCCUUUAGGGGUAUGGUUCUCAUGUUUGUAGAUAGCUGAUGCUCGGGUCAACGAAUAGGUUCCCAGGUUUUCCCUUUUUCUAUCUUCUCAUUCUUUUGAUUCAAUUGGAGAAAAGUUGAAUAACUGUUAGACUUAGAAUACAGUGCAAUAGAAGCGGAAGCUCAUCUGUAUUUUUACAGGCUAGGAAGGACGUUGAAAAGUAAUGAACUGUUUUGCUACCACUCUAAAUUUGUAGCUAAAGCGAUAUUUAAUGUUGUAUUGUGUGUUGUACUCGCUAGAUAGAUGUAUUUCUUACACGGGCAUUCUUGGAGGUUUUUUUUUUUUUCGUUGGUAUUUUCAAAAAAUAUGUUGAUUUUUUGAAAAUUAUACUAACACAUCCUGACUUUCUCCUUGCUGACAACCAACCGCGAGGAAGCUAAGGGGGGGAGGUGGCCACUGCCCCUCCUCCCCUCCUCCCCUCCGCCCAUCUUUCCCUUUCUCUCCUCAUCUCCCCUUCUUUUUCUCCCAUAUUUUCCUUUCCUCUUAUCUCCUCUUCUCCUCCCUUUCCCCACCCCAGAUAAUCUAGGUUUGUUUGUCUAUUUGUUUUGUUUUGUUGUUUUUGCAGUGUUCUAGGUGACUGGUGUUGUCUUUGUCUCGGCGGCGGCGAUAAUAGUGACGUUGGAUUGUGUCUCUCCUUAGAAGAGUUGUGAUACUUGGUGGCUGAUGUUUUGUCUCUAUUUUAACGGCGGCGGCGGCAGUGACACUGGUGGUAGUUGUUGGGAUGUGGUGCUCUUCUCUACUCUGCGCCGACCGAAGAACUAUGCUUGAUCAUAGGAGGUUUUCUUUGUCAAGUUCUGAGUUGAAGUGGAGUGCUUCUCAUGGGUCUUUUUACAGUUGUUUCUAUGUUUGUCCUUCGUGUUCUCUCUUGGUUUCUACUAAGGUAUGACUUACAGUUUGUAUGGGUAUCAAAAGACUAUGAUUUUGCUCAUAGAAUGCUUCUUUUGACAAUUGGGAUGUUCUGUGGUCCUCUCCUGUGGGUUUACUAUUUGGGGUUUCUAUGGUUCUCUCAUGUGGGUCUACUGUGUUGGUCUCUAAUUGCGGUUCUCGUCGGAGGUUUUUGUGUUAGGUUUUGUUUUUGACUUAUUCUUUUAUUGUAAUGGUCCAAAGUGAUCUGAAUUGGACUCUCCUGUUAGUCCAUGACAUGUGUGGUACUAUUUCCUCUCCUUGGAUUCUUGUCCUAGGAAGGUUUUAACGAUGUCAUUGUAUCAUGUCGCUUUUUGCAGAUGUUCAAAUUUUUGAAGUUAA